GUCCGACAACUCCAGAUGGGCUCGCUGCCGGAACAAGUGAACGCCCUCACAGAGCUCAAUGUUCUGAUGGAGCAGGCCUGGUCUAUGCCCAUAUAUGGCAAAGACCUGGCCUAUGAGCUGUGUGAUAUCCUGCGGACGGAGAGUGCCCUGGACAUCAUAGUUGGGAACCUGGCAUCCUGUAACAGGGACCUGAUGAAGGUGUCGGCUCGCUUGUUGGAACAGUCACUGACCACCACUAAUAGACGCCGUGUGGCAGAGAACGGCCUUGAACUUGUGGUCAAGAUGACCCAUGACGUGCGUGGAGAUUGUGAGCUGGCCCAGACAUCCACGGGGAUCCUAGAAAGUCUGUUCAAAACCUCGGAAGAUACUUGCUCUCGUGUCAUCAAACUGGGAGGCUUGGACGUCAUCACAUACUGGUGCCGUUGUCAGGACCGGAUAACCCUCAAAAACUGCGCCAUUGCCCUGUCUAACCUUGCGCUGUACGGAGGGGGAGAGAACCAACAAGAGAUGGCCAAACACCGCGUCCCAGAGUGGUUAUUCCCCUUGGCCUUCGUGGAAGACGACAGCGUCCGCUACUACGCUCUCCUCGCCAUCGGAGUCCUGGUCUCCAACAAAGAGAUUGAGAACGCCGUCAUGUCUUCGGGGACGUUAGCUCUGGUGUUGCCUUUUGUUGACUCACAUGACCCCGCAGAGUUCGGACAACAGGACACGUCACACCGGCACGGCCGGUCGCCUGGUUGGCUCAAGCGGCUGAUUCCCGUCUUGUCCAGCAAGAGGGAGGAGGCUCAGGCAUUAGCGGCCUUUCAUUUUGUCAUGGAGGCUGGGAUCAAAUCCCAGCAGGGGCGGAAGGAGGUCCUCUACAACAUCGGGGCUGUUGACCCACUCAAGUGGCUGGCCAGUACUCCCAACAGAGUGGCGUCCAAACUGGCAGCUCAGGCCCUGAAGAUCAUAGGGGAGGAGGUGCCGCACAAGUUGUCCCAGCAGGUUCCUCUCUGGACGUGUGACGAUGUGGCGCACUGGAUCACACAGGUUGGUUUCGGCGGGUACACGGACAACUUCCUGGGCAGUCAGGUAGACGGAGACUUGCUGCUGAGGAUCACGGAAGAGGAGCUGAGGGACUCGCUCAACAUGAUCUGUGCUAUCACACGGAAAAGGUUCUUACGAGAGCUGCGAGAUUUGAAGAUCUCCUCCGACUACACGUCCUGUGACCCGAGCAUGCUGGGGGCGUGGCUUAGAGAGGUGGGGGAGGACAUGUCCCAGUACACCUACCAGCUGCUCAACACCGGGGUGGACAGACCGCUGCUCCGGACGGUCACUGACCAGCACCUGUCUCAUGACUGUGGGGUCCUCAAUGGGAUACACCGCAUGAAGAUACUCUCGAAAAUUGAAGAACUGCGGACCAGCCUAAGUAACAAUGCCUCUAUCGCCUUUGACUGCCCGGACGGGGUGAGCCCAGGAGCGAAUCCGUGCAAACAACCAAUCGAUGUGUUCAUCAGUUACAGGCGAUCAAACGGCUCUCAGCUGGCUAGUCUGCUGAAGGUGCACCUCCAACUGCGUGGCUUCACCGUGUUCAUCGACAUCGAGCGUCUGAGGGCGGGCAAGUUUGACGAGAGUCUCCUGGAGAGUGUGAGGCUGGCCAAAAACUUCAUCAUCGUCCUCACACCAAACUCUCUGGACCGCUGUAUAGGAGAUGACGAGAAGAAGGACUGGGUCCACAGAGAGAUCUCUACUGCGAUGGAUGCGGGCACCAACAUCAUUCCACUGCUGGACAACUUCAACUUUCCCUCGGCGGACUCGCUGCCAGAGGACAUGAGAAAUAUCCUCUACUUCAACGCCGUCCGGUGGAUCCAUGACUACCAAGAUGCUUGUGUUGAUAAACUAGAGCGCUUUCUUCGCGGAGAGACUAACAUACAGGUGCGACUUCCGGGAGCCAAGGGGGUUUCGAACCCCAGUACUCCCAGUGCUGCUGCCAAAUCCUCCGCUGGCUCUUCCUCGUUCGAGAACCCCCACUCUCCUCCAUACCAACGCGUGCAGGGAGGACUUGACAAGACGACCGACUCGCCAGACAGUGCCGCUGACUCAUCGUGACGAGGGUGGAACGCAGGCGUUACGAAGGCGUCACACACACACAUAUGUAAUGCGGAGAACACAUUUUGUGAAUGACACAAUACACGCAUGAAUGAG